AUGGCAUGUGAUCUAUCCUACAGCUAUGCAACUACUCCCAAGCCCGUUCCGAGCGAAGCCACCAUCUUGGCAUCCGAGGAAAGCAUAUGCACGGAUCACAUGGUUGUUGCCACAUGGAAACACAGCGUUGGGUGGUCCAAGCCGGAGCUGAAGCCCUACGGUCCGCUUAGUCUACCACCAACUGCUUCAUGUCUACACUAUGCUACCGAAUGUUUUGAGGGGCUCAAAGCCUACCGUGGCCACGAUGGCAAACUACGUGUCUUCCGCAUCGACCAGAACGCUGCUCGGCUGAGAACCUCUGCGGUCCGAAUUUCUUUGCCGCCGUUCGAACCUGAAGAAGUCAAAAAGCUGAUACUCAGUCUGUUGACUACAGAUGCAGAUCGCUGGCUUCCCAAGGAAAAGGCUGGUGACUUCCUUUAUAUUCGCCCGACUAUCAUUGGCACUUCAGCUCAACUUGGCGUCCAGGCACCGAAGGAAGCAAUGUUAUUCAUUGUUCUAGCCUACAUGCCUCGUCUCGACAUACCGGCGGGAGGGUUACGCCUGUACUCGUCUCCAGAGGACGCGGUGCGAGCCUGGGCUGGAGGCUUCGGGUAUGCAAAGAUCGGAGCAAAUUAUGGCCCUUCUGUGAAGGUCCACCAGGAAGCGACCACACGAGGCUAUCACCAAGUCCUGUGGCUAUAUGGCCAAGAUCGCCAGUGUACCGAAGCCGGAGGCUGUAACUUCUUCGUUGUGUGGAGGCGCAAGGACGGUAAGACGGAGCUAGUCACCGCACCCUUGGAUGACAAGACAAUCCUGGAUGGCAUCACGAGGCGAAGCUGCUUGGAGGUGACAAAGGAAAGACUCGGUAAGGAGGUUGAAGUGACGGAGCGCAAUUUCACAAUCACAGAAAUCAUGGAAGCUGCCGCUGAAGGACGUCUUCUUGAGUCAUUUGCUGCAGGCACUGCUUAUUUCAUUUCUGCUGUUUCCCGGAUCCAUUACCAAGGAAAGGAUAUUGAAGUACCCAUGGGCAAAAGCGGAAUGGGCGGGAACACCACGACAGUACUCAAGCAGUGGCUCGCCGACAUCAUGUAUGGGGAGACGGAGCACCAGUGGGCCACAGUUGUGCCAACGCGUGCUUGA